CACAACACGGGCAUUGCGUUCUCAACGGAGUAGGUGUGUUGAACGACGCUUGGCCGUCGUCGCGACAAAAUAAUUCCACUGUAACAUAGGACAAGCUUGCUUUUCAAUACAGGUUUUCUCAUCUCAAGGAGGAGAGCUCAGAUAGCCCAUCAUAGGGACUGCUUCACCAUGGAUGCCUCACAGGACUCAUUUGUCGAAGAAACUGUGGAGCAGAAAUUGGAACGCCUCGAUCAGGAGAACCGUGACCUUUCACGGAUUCGAGACGUUGUCGUGCCGCAAUUGGAAUCUCGGAUUAGGCGUUACGAAGAUAAUCCUGAUCGGGGGAUCAUCACCGAUCUGGAGAACAAGCUCAAGGAUAGCGAAGCCUUGGUGCAGGAGUUGCAGGAGAACGCGCUGCGCAACAAUGAGCGACUUCAGGAGUUGGAGUCACAGCUACACGGGCUUCGGUCAGGAGAGCAACAGGACACUGGACAGCAAAAUCGGGUCAUAGCCCAGUUGGAGGAUAAGCUAAGGGACAGUGAAGAACUGGUACGCCUGCUUCAGGAACACGUGGAAGCUGCUUCUGCACAGAAACGUCAAUGCGUGGAAAACAACGUGGAAGAGACAGAGCCAAAACUCAUUUACAACCAGUUCACCCAGGAAGACGCACGCCAGUACAUGGAAGAGGCGUCCAGGUACCUCGAACUCUACACAAAUUUAAAGGGCGAAUAUGAGGAACUGCAGAAGACUUUCGAGAACCGAGAAAUGGAGUUCUGUGAGAUGAUGUCUGCACAGCAAAUGUUGGAAAAUGCCGAUAACAAAAUAGCAAACAUGGUGGCAGCAAAAGAAACUAUUCUGGUACUUCGCUGUUGGACGCCUACUGCACAAGUGGAGCUGGUCAGGAGAGUACAGCACGGGGAAAGUGAAAUUGCCACCAAGGAUGAGGUUUUACGCGCACAACAAGAGGAUCACGUCAAAUUGGUCGCAGAGUACGAGGACUUAAAGCGUCGUUUCCAUGCCCUAAAGAGUGAAGUCAGGGAGGAACGUCACAAGCAAGAAAUUGAAAGUGAUAUUGCCACCAAGGAUGAGGUUUUACGCGUACAACAAGAGGAGUACCAGAAAUUGAUCACAGAGCACGAGGAGCUGAAACGUCAUUUCUAUGAACUAGAGAAUAAAGUCAGGGAGGAACGUCACAAGCAAGAAAUUGAAAGUGAAAUUGCCACCAAGGAUGAGGUUUUACGCGUACAACAAGAGGAGUACCAGAAAUUGAUCACAGAGCACGAUGAGCUGAAGCGUCGUUUCCAUGAACUAGAGAAUAAAGUCAGGGAGGAACGUCACAAGCAAGAAAUUGAAAGUGAAAUUGCCACCAAGGAUGAGGUUUUACGCGUACAACAAGAGGAGUACCAGAAAUUGAUCACAGAGCACGAUGAGCUCAAGCGUCGUUUCCAUGAACUAGAGAAUAAAGUCAGGGAGGAACGUCACAAGCAAGAAAUUGAAAGUGAAAUUGCCACCAAGGAUGAGGUUUUACGCGUACAACAAGAGGAGUACCAGAAAUUGAUCACAGAGCACGAUGAGCUGAAGCGUCGUUUCCAUGAACUAGAGAAUAAAGUCAGGGAGGAACGUCACAAGCAAGAAAUUGAAAGUGAUAUUGCCACCAAGGAUGAGGUUUUACGCAUACAAGAAGAGGAACACGAGAAAUUGAUCACAGAGUACGAGGAGCUAAACCGUCGUUUCCAUGCCCUAGAGAAUGAAGUCAGGGAGGAACGUCACAAGCAAGAAAUUCAAAGGACACUCAUGGAAGCCAGAUGUGCUGCUCCCACAGAAGAACUGCAACAGCUGAGGUCACGGCUGGGGCGGCUCGAAAGUCAGAUGGGGGACAAAGAGAGAGAAAACGAUGUUCUUCGAGGUGAACUACGUGAAAUGCAGAAGAAAUGCGACGACUCCCUAACACAAACGGUUCGUAGAGAGGUGGAGUGUCACGGCAGCAGCGGCAUUGAGUUGGAAAGAAUAGUGCAACAGGUUCACCGACUUCGAUCUGCAGUGGGUCUCAUUUGGCCUAAUGUAUGCUGCAGACAGCCCCACUUCGCCUACUGAUCCGUGUCACGUGAUGAAAGAAGGCGGUCCACUAGCGUGCUGCGAAAAGUCAUUUACGCAUCCUCGCAUAACUUUACAACCUCGUUGGUUUUAUUCAAACAUAGCACUGCGUUAAACGCAUUUUUUAGUACUUCAUGAAAAGUAAAUGCCAGAAAUGUGUUAUUCUUUGUCGGGAAGUCAAAGUUAGUUACGCACCUCCACAUAACAACUUCAUCCCUUUGCUAGUUCUUUUCAAGCGUGCUGCCAGAAGUCACUUAACCUGUUAUAUUUCGUAUCUGUGUGCUAAACUAAUGAGGUCUGUCACAGCUCACGUGCACAGAGACCACGUCACCACAAUCUGGCUGGUCAUGGCGCACCCUUCGCCAUGCCUUUGUAUUCCUUCCGCUCUAUUCACGAGUGGGGUUUUCUUUCUUUCUUUUUCUUUUACUUUUUUGUUUUUGAAGUGAGCAGAAUCCACAAAUCUGCCUCUUUUUUUUUUUUUUUUUCAUUCCAAAUCGAAUUCCCUGAGCCGCACGGAAGACCUGUGUCCCUGCUAAUGAUUUUGCAAAUUGGUAGCAGGUCCAUUUCCGUGUCUAGUCUGUAUAUGGAAACUGUCUUUUUUACGUUAAACAUUCAUCCAUCCAUCCAUCCAGUUAUGAAUCAACGAAAACGUUUUACUCGAUAAUAAUCGAUUCGUUUUAUUAUUUGUGGUAUCGCACACAGCUUCGCUUGCAAAUGUAACGAGUCCUUGAUUCGGACGACGUAAGGUUGUCGUCGGACGAGCGCAUUCAUUUCUUGCAGACGUCACUGUCGGGGCGGGGCAUGUAAGUAACGCCCACUUGUCGACAGUCCCGUUCCGCCUAACGAGAUUGCGAACAGGAACCCAUCCCGCCUUGUAAUCCGAUAAUCCGGAUUAGGCGAAAUGGGAAUAGGCGAAAUGGGAUGUAACCAGUGAGUUCUGGACAUCCCGCUACGCCGGAUAUCAAGAGAAAAAAAAGUUUUACGCAACCGUAAACCGGAUUUUUUUUACAUUACGCGAUAAGUGGCGAUAUAUAGGGUGUUUUUUUUAUUCAUUACAGAAUUUUUAUUAAAAAAAACUAGCAGAACAAAAUUGAUGCCAUUUUAGCAGGUGAGUUAUUCGACCAGGCGAACAUACUGUAGGACAGCGUUUGCAUACUAGGCGACUAAUGAGCUCAAAUUCAUUGAUGAACUUACUAAUUAAAUGUUUUCUGAGAACUGCGAGAUGGCAGAAUUGGAGCAAGUCAUUAUUCAAAUCCACCGCCCUUAUUAAACACCCUGUGAAGCGAACGUACUUCGAGAAAUACAAUGUCAAAUUUCGCUAUGCACAUGAGCCGUAACUAGACCUACGAAACGGCAUGUGUCUUUUUUUUUUAACGUUCAUUAAACGUUCAAAACGUUCACGUUAAACGUUCAAAACGUUCACGUUAAACGUUCAUUAGUUAAAAUUAGUUAGUACAUCGCACCAGAAAGUUGCUAGUGUUGCCAUAAGGAGGCCCCACUGGCCCAGGAUACCAUUCAUUAGGUAAUGCAAACAAAAACAACAACAAAAUCCCCAUUUUAUAAAAUUCCGUCUUUAGUCAGAGCAUAUGCCUGGUAUUAGAUUUCGGCAGGAAAUUAAAACUCAUGUCUUUGUUGGGCUUUUCCAUUUCUGCUAUUGUUCUGUAAUCAUCUUCCAU